UUCGCAGCAGCAAUCGUCUUCCUCUUCUUCUUGUUGUUGUUGGCGAUGUCGGCGAUGUCGGCGGCGGGCGGCGGCGGCGGCGUGGGGAAGGUGGAGCGGCUGUCGUCGAUCGACGCGCAGCUGCGGCAGCUGGUGCCGGCGAAGCUGUCGGAGGACGACAAGCUCAUCGAGUACGACGCGCUCCUCCUCGACCGAUUCCUCGACGUCCUCCAUGGCCUCCACGGCGACGACCUCAAGGAUCUCGUUCAAGAAUGCUAUGAGGUGGCCGCGGAGUAUGAAACAAAGCACGACGUGCAAAAGCUCGAUGAACUCGGCAACAUGAUAACAAGCUUGGAUCCGGGCGACUCGAUUGUUAUUGCGAAAGCCUUUUCGCACAUGCUUAACUUGGCCAACUUGGCUGAAGAAGUCCAGAUCGCAUACAGGAGGAGGAUCAAGCUCAAGAAGGGUGAUUUCGCUGACGAAAACUCGGCAAUGACUGAAUCCGACAUUGAGGAAACACUCAAGAGGCUUGUUUUUGACCUGAAGAAAUCCCCUGCUGAGGUCUUUGAUGCCCUCAAGAGUCAGACUGUUGACCUUGUUUUGACUGCACAUCCAACACAGUCUGUGAGGAGGUCACUGCUCCAGAAACACUCCAGGAUUCGGAACUGUCUGGUUCAGCUUUAUUCAAAGGAUAUCACUCCAGAUGACAAGCAAGAGCUUGAUGAGGCUCUCCAGAGAGAGAUCCAAGCUGCCUUUAGAACCGAUGAGAUCCGAAGAACACAGCCCACUCCCCAAGAUGAAAUGCGUGCUGGCAUGAGCUACUUCCAUGAAACAAUAUGGAAGGGUGUUCCAAAGUUCUUGCGCCGUGUGGAUACUGCAUUGAAGAACAUCGGUAUCGACGAGCGUGUUCCUUACAAUGCUCCUCUUAUUCAGUUCUCGUCUUGGAUGGGAGGAGAUCGUGAUGGAAAUCCAAGAGUCACACCAGAGGUUACAAGGGAUGUCUGCUUGCUUGCAAGAAUGAUGGCAGCAAACUUGUAUUGCUCACAAAUUGAGGAUCUCAUGUUUGAGUUAUCUAUGUGGCGAUGUAACGAGGAGCUACGCUCACGAGCUGAUGAUCUGCACCGCUCUUCUAAGAAGGACGCAAAGCAUUACAUAGAGUUUUGGAAGAAGGUUCCUCUGAAUGAACCAUACCGGGUGAUACUGAGUGAUGUGAGAGAUAAGCUUUACAAUACACGUGAACGAUCACGGGAGUUGUUGUCCAGCGGAUAUUGCGACAUCCCUGAGGAAGCAACUCUGACAAAUGUUGAGCAGCUAUUGGAGCCCUUGGAGCUAUGCUACAGGUCGCUGUGCGCCUGUGGUGACCGUGCCAUCGCUGAUGGAAGCCUUCUUGAUUUCUUGCGCCAAGUUUCCACCUUUGGACUCUCCCUUGUGAGGCUUGACAUUAGGCAAGAAUCCGACAGACACACCGAUGUCCUUGAUGCCAUCACGACAUACCUGGGCAUAGGAUCUUACCGUGAGUGGUCCGAGGAACGCCGUCAAGAGUGGCUGUUGUCCGAACUCAACGGGAAGCGACCAUUGUUUGGCCCAGACCUUCCCAGGACAGAUGAGGUUGCUGAUGUUCUAGACACAUUCCAUGUGAUUGCCGAGCUCCCUGCUGACAGUUUUGGAGCCUAUGUUAUUUCCAUGGCAACAGCCCCCUCGGAUGUCCUUGCUGUUGAGCUCCUCCAACGCGAGUGCCAUGUCAAGACACCGCUUAGAGUUGUCCCCCUGUUCGAGAAGUUGGCUGAUCUUGAGUCUGCCCCUGCGGCAUUGACCAGGCUCUUCUCAAUAAGUUGGUACAGGCAGAGGAUCAAUGGUAAGCAGGAGGUCAUGAUUGGGUAUUCAGAUUCAGGCAAGGAUGCUGGCCGUCUCUCGGCAGCUUGGCAGAUGUACAAGGCUCAGGAGCAGCUCGUCAAGGUAGCGAAGGAUUUCGGGGUCAAGUUGACGAUGUUCCAUGGACGAGGUGGAACCGUUGGUAGGGGCGGUGGGCCGACUCACCUUGCCAUCUUGUCUCAGCCUCCAGACACGAUCAACGGAUCGCUCCGUGUCACUGUUCAGGGUGAAGUCAUUGAGCAGAGCUUUGGUGAGGAGCACUUGUGUUUCAGGACACUGCAGCGUUUCACCGCUGCUACACUUGAGCACGGCAUGCAUCCACCCAGUGCACCGAAGCCAGAAUGGCGAGCUCUUCUUGAUGAGAUGGCUGUGGUGGCAACCAAGGAGUAUCGAUCCGUAGUGUUCCAAGAGCCACGCUUUGUGGAGUAUUUCCGCCUUGCAACACCUGAGACAGAGUAUGGAAGGAUGAACAUAGGAAGCAGGCCAUCCAAGAGGAAGCCGAGUGGAGGCAUUGAAUCACUCCGUGCGAUCCCAUGGAUCUUCGCAUGGACGCAGACCCGCUUCCACCUUCCCGUCUGGCUUGGAUUCGGUGCUGCAUUCAAGCACGCCCUUCAGAAGGACAUCAGGAAUCUCCACAUGCUCCAGGAGAUGUACAACGAGUGGCCGUUCUUCAGGGUCACUCUCGACCUGAUUGAGAUGGUUUUCGCCAAGGGUAAUCCUGGCAUUGCUGCCCUUUACGACAAACUCCUCGUUUCUGAGGAUCUACAGCCACUGGGUGAGAAGCUGAGAGCCAACUAUGUAGAGACACAAAAGCUGCUUCUUCAGGUUGCUGGCCAUAGGGAUCUUCUUGAAGGUGACCCCUACCUGAAGCAGCGGCUCCGACUCCGCGACGCCUACAUAACCACCCUGAAUGUCUGCCAAGCCUACACGCUGAAACGGAUCCGCGACCCGGAUUACCACGUCACGCUGCGCCCUCACCUGUCCAAGGAGGUGAUGGAUGGGAGCAAGCCGGCCGCGGAGCUUGUGAAGCUGAACCCGGGUAGCGAGUACGCGCCAGGGCUGGAGGACACCCUCAUCCUGACCAUGAAGGGCAUUGCUGCAGGGUUGCAGAACACUGGUUAAGACUUAGGAGAGAUUGCCUGAGUGCCAUCUUUUUUGUAUCUUUCCUUUGAUCAUUUGCCUUGGGCCCUGUUAUUUUGGAUACUGCUGAAUAUUGGUCUCCUUACUGAGGGAGGGGUAACAAAUACCGGCGUUUUUUUGCCUAUGUAUAUUAUUACUGAAAUAAAAGGAGACCAUGAUCAUUAUAAUAACCUAGUAUGUUCUUCUCGUGUUUUAUGCUUAA